AUGGCGAGUCUGAAGGAUGACACUCGCCUCGACGCAGAGGUUCAUGCCUCAGACCACAUCUUAAGCCCUCAGCCCUAUGCCCCUCCCAGCAAGGAGCUUCUGAUGGCGUCCCUCGAGAAAUCCCACCUGCCCAGUGAGGUCGAAUCGACAAUUGACGACGGCCAGAUGUCAAUGCAAAGCUAUGAAUACAACUCCUCCGGAUCUUCAGCCCGGCACUCAACGAGCGACAUCUUCGGCCGCGAAAUGGAUGACGAGUUGGAUCAGCUGAAAUCACGAGCAUCCAGUCGCUCUUCAUGGUCCUCUAUUCCAGCGAGCGUUCUGAUCCAUCCCGUGGACCAUCUCAAAGCCAUCCCCUCGAUGAAUACGAGCAUGAACAUGAAUACAUUAGAAGAAGACGAGGCAAGCUUCGGCGGAUUUGACGGCCCGCCGAGAUCCAUACGUACCAUCCGACAACGCGAAGCAGCAUUCCGUAAACCGAGCUCCGUGCGGGCAAUGCAGAUGCAUACCGAAGAUGAAGCAGAUGAGGACGAUUAUAUGACACUGCCGAGACGUCGGCCUGGCAUGCGGUCGCCUGGCUCGUCGCCCCUCAAACGUUCACCCUAUUAUUCUCCCAACGCAUCACCCAGCAAGCCGAAACCGAAGAAGGAAUACCCGUUAGUGCUACUGCACUGCACGUUGCUCGCCCCCUCCCUUCCAGUUCCUAGUGCGUCGGAGCCCCAGAACCAGAAGAUCGUUGAGGAAGUUCUGCCGUCACAAUACUGGAAACGAUGGCGGCGGCUCCAGGAGAAAGUCGGUUCGGGGGUCCUCCGUGACCGCGGCGUUCUGAUCUCUCAUCCCGAGGAUUUGUACGAUGUGCUGGAGGAGCGAUUGCUGGAGAGCCUCGAGCUCCAGCGCGCACGCCUCCACCAAGGCCAUUUCAUCGCCCACGAAGACAGUGGCCCCGGCUCGGAGGGCGAGCUCUCUGAUCACGGGGAGAGCGAGACGGAUGGUGAGCAGGGUGACGAGUGUCCCGACUGCGGCGGGCGUGUCCUGCGACAUGAUGAUAUCAAUCGCAAAUGGGAAAUUCGAGUCUUCGCAGCGAAUGGAUUGAUGCGUGCCGGUGCAUGGGCUGCAGCUUGGAAAGAGAUGGAGAAAGUUGAUGUCGAGGUUGGACUCUGGCUACCGUCGGAUGUGCGACGUGCGUUGGAGAAACGACUUUCAGAGGAAGCCGUCACCACUUCUAUGGAAGAAUCUCCUUGUUCGCCAAAAGUGGAUAGGCUGUCUGAUCUGGAUGUAGAUCCACAGAGGCCUUUUGUUCAAACGCAUUCCAGGAACUUGAGUGGCGUGAGCUCCUUUCAGCCAAGUAAUUCUUCUACUAAACCAACCCUGGGGGAAGCUAUACCUGAUCAUACAGAGGUAAAACAGCAGAAACCAGAGCAUGAAAUUGCUCUUGGAACUCUGCUCAUCAAUUAUAUCCGCGUCUUAGCCGGAGAUAAGCGCAAUAUUGCUUUAUUGGUCAUGAGUAUCCUGACAGUCUUCCUCGCUAUUGGAUCUCAAGCCCAGCAGCAGCCUCUUCUCCAGGUUAUACAGUCGUUUGCUCCCAAUCCAAUUCAGACACUUCAAGCACCAAUUCUGGAUCGAGUUAUGCCAUCGCAGUCGACUAUUUCGGUACCACCUUUCAUACCAGCGACCGAAAGCUUAGUCGAUAGCAUCGUACCCACUUCGAGUACAGCUGUUUCAGCGUCAAUACUUGGACAAUCGGUUUUCUCUCGGGUAGAGGAGGCCCCAAUACGCUCUGUCAUAGCCGAACCUGAAAUUGAACUGGUGGACCCUGAGCAGACUGUCUCAUUCAUUGCAUCAGAGCCAUCCGAGACAAUCAUUGAACACGGGCAGCAAGAAGAGUCCCAACCUAAGCAGCCCGAAUCUAUGGAUCCCCCAGUCGAGCUUCGGGAAGAAGAGGCUCAUCACACCGGACCAGAGCCAACGAUGUUGUCUACCACAUCAGAGCCAUCCGAUUUAGUCAGUGAACCUGAGCAAUUGGAAGAGGCUGGGCUUGACGAUCCCGAUGCCCUGAAUCCGCAAGCUGAGGCUCUUGAAAAUGAGGCCCAUCCUGCCCAGCCCGAGCCCGAGCCUGCCCCCGAGGAAUAG